CCAGGUGCCAUGGCCAACCGCGACGGGCUGCGAGGAGAGAGGGAAAACCACCAUGUUACAUCCUGCAUUUACAUAAGCUCUGCUGGCAGCGCAGUUUAAUGUCUUUCCUAGAAAAACUCCGCGGCCUGGGGCCUGCCGUGCCCGGGCGGCCUCCGCUCCGCUCUCCUCCUUUCCCCGCGGCCGCCUCCCCUCCCCGCUGCCGGGGAAGGAAGGGGUCAGGGAGCGGGGCCCCCUCCCGGACCCCCGCGCUGGGCUUGUGUGGCCGGGCCGGGCCGGGCCGCUCCUCCUCGCCUGGCCUCGCCUCCCGGCCCCGCUGCUUCCCUUCCUCCUUCCUUCCUUCCCUCCCUUCCUUCCCUUCCCUUGCCUUCCCUUCCCUUCCCUUGCCUUCCCUUCCCUUCCCUUCCUUUCCUUUCCUUUCCCUUCCCUUCCCUCCGCCGGCGCCCAUUUCGGCGCGGCCGGGCACCCGGAGUGUCUGCGGGCCGCCGGCUGCUCCGCGCCGCUUGGCUCCUUCCCCCAGUAACAGCUCCCACAUUCCGCCCCGAUCCCUCCUCAAUCUCAAUCACACACACAUAUUAAUUUUUUUUUUUUCCCCUCCUUCCUCGGGACUUAAUCUCCAGUCCCCCCCCACCCGCCCUCCCCACCCUCCCCUCCCCCGGCCCCUGGCUCGGAUAUAAUUGAAUAUCACAGCGCUACGCGCUGGGUAUUUUUUUUUCCUUCCUCCUCCUGUGUGUGUGUGGUGGUUUUGUUGGGUUUUUUUUUUUUUUGUUGUUGUUGUUUUUUUUUUCCUGGUGGUUUUUUUUUCUGCUCCUCCUCUCGGUGUGGACACCUUAAAAAUACACACACACACACAUAUAUAUAUAUAUAUAUAUAUAUAUAUAUAUAUAAUCGAUAAGUAUACGCGUGUACACACACACACACACACACACAGGCAGGGAUGUGCGCGUAUAUACACGCGGCGGUAUAAAACACACGGGAGGAGGAGAGACAAUCCAGGGUGAAUUCCUCGUGCCUCCGUUCCCGGGGAAAGGGGGGAGCAGCCGCUCGCAAGCAUCACCCUUCUGUGGCAAGAGGCACCCGAAAGGAAAACUUCUGCAUAUCAAUGCACUGCCAAUGGGUUGUGUCCUUUGUUGUGACCUCAUGGUUUAACUGGGAAUAAAGAUGAGUAUAAGCAGUGAUGAGGUUAACUUCCUGGUAUAUAGAUACUUGCAAGAGUCAGGGUUUUCCCAUUCAGCAUUUACGUUUGGUAUAGAGAGCCAUAUCAGCCAGUCUAAUAUAAAUGGUGCUCUGGUGCCACCAGCUGCUUUGAUUUCCAUCAUCCAGAAAGGUCUGCAGUAUGUAGAGGCAGAAGUCAGUAUUAAUGAGGAUGGUACCUUGUUUGAUGGUAGGCCGAUAGAGUCUCUCUCACUGAUAGAUGCAGUGAUGCCUGAUGUGGUACAGACAAGACAACAGGCCUACAGAGACAAACUUGCACAACAGCAGGCAGCAGCUGCUGCAGCUGCAGCUGCCACCAACCAACAGGGAUCAGCGAAAAAUGGAGAAAAUACUGCAAAUGGAGAGGAGAAUGGAGCCCACACUAUAGCAAAUAACCACACGGAUAUGAUGGAAGUAGAUGGAGAUGUGGAAAUCCCUCCCAACAAGGCAGUGGUGCUGCGUGGCCACGAAUCCGAAGUGUUCAUCUGUGCCUGGAACCCCGUCAGUGACCUUCUGGCCUCAGGGUCUGGAGACUCCACAGCACGGAUAUGGAACCUCAGCGAGAACAGCACGAGCGGCUCCACGCAGCUGGUGCUGCGGCACUGCAUCCGGGAAGGGGGGCAGGAUGUGCCCAGCAACAAGGACGUGACAUCGCUCGACUGGAACAGUGAAGGUACACUUCUAGCAACUGGGUCUUAUGAUGGCUUUGCAAGGAUAUGGACUAAAGAUGGUAAUCUUGCCAGCACCUUAGGGCAACAUAAAGGUCCUAUAUUUGCGUUAAAAUGGAACAAGAAAGGAAACUUCAUUUUAAGUGCAGGAGUGGACAAGACCACAAUUAUUUGGGAUGCCCACACUGGCGAAGCCAAGCAGCAGUUUCCUUUUCAUUCUGCACCAGCACUAGACGUUGAUUGGCAGAGUAACAACACCUUUGCCUCUUGCAGUACAGACAUGUGUAUUCACGUUUGUAAACUAGGACAAGAUAGGCCUAUCAAAACCUUCCAAGGUCACACAAAUGAAGUAAAUGCAAUCAAAUGGGAUCCAACUGGUAAUCUGCUGGCAUCUUGCUCUGAUGACAUGACUCUAAAGAUCUGGAGUAUGAAACAAGACAGUUGUGUCCAUGAUCUACAAGCACACAACAAAGAAAUUUAUACUAUCAAAUGGAGUCCUACAGGACCAGGAACAAAUAAUCCAAAUGCCAAUCUUAUGUUAGCAAGUGCAUCCUUUGAUUCUACGGUUAGGUUAUGGGAUGUAGACAGAGGAAUUUGUAUUCAUACUCUGACAAAACAUCAAGAACCUGUGUACAGUGUAGCUUUCAGUCCUGAUGGCAGGUACCUGGCCAGUGGCUCCUUUGAUAAAUGUGUACACAUCUGGAAUACACAGACAGGUGCCCUAGUUCACAGUUAUCGGGGAACAGGAGGGAUUUUUGAGGUUUGCUGGAAUGCAGCAGGAGAUAAAGUUGGAGCAAGUGCUUCAGAUGGUUCAGUUUGUGUAUUAGACCUCCGGAAAUAGCGCUCUUAGUUGGAAGCCAUGGACCGACUAUGAAUGUGUACAUAGCCAAAAUGACUGUCCCUGACCCAUGUACUGCUACAGUCCCAAUCGAACCAUGGCCAGUCCACUACAGCCAAAUGUAAAAGAAAUAUAUACAUAUACUGUAUAUAAAAAAAAAGGAGAAAAAAAAGAAAAAAAAAAAAAAAGGAGGAGAAAAAAAAAAAUUACACCCUGAAGAGGAUGACAGAGUUUUGUCACAGCUUGUGAAUCCUGUUCACCAAGUGCUGGAAUCUGCUGUGCCCCAAAAUAACAUUUAAAGGUUUUGGAUAUGAAAAACAGAAGAGAGCGAGAGAGAGAGAGCGAGAGAGAGAAAUAUACCAUAUACAAGAGCAGACCCAUAUACAUACCAAAAUCAGAAGAUACUAAUGGCAGCCUUCAUUACCCCCUUUCCCCAUGAAAUCCAUUCUCACGUGGAUUGUGGGGUAUUUUUGUGUUCCUUCUCAGUAAUUGAGCAGUUUGUGUGUACAGAGAAAAUGGACUUAGAGAAAUCUGCAGCAGUAGUCUUUUUCUUUGCUUUUAAUUGGGUUUUCUGUUUUGUUUUGGUUAAGUUUAUGGAUGCAUGAAGUAAGGGAGUGAUUUAGUUUCUCGUUUAUAUUUUUUCACCUUGGAAAACAAACAAAGAAAAGCGUUUCUUUGAAACAUGUUUAGAUGAAUUCUUUGAAGAGGUAGUUUGAACCUGAUAAUGUUUGGUACAUUUUGUGGCUCCCAGAGCACAAUUUUAUGAACAGAGGGAGGGUGGGAAAGGGAUUAGGGAGAGAGAAAAAAAAAAAUCCUUCUUUGUGGCAUGAUAUUUCACAUCCUUCUCAUCUACAAAGUAGGAUGGAAAUGGGUAUAGUGCUGUGUUUGAUUUUCUGGUGACCUGGCUGAAACACAGUAAUUUCUUAUUUGGGACAUAAUUCUGCCAAACUUAAGAACAGAAAGGCACAAAAACAGAGGAAAAAAAACAGGGAUGCAAAAAAAAAAUAAAAAAUAAAGAGGAAUAAUGCAUCUUCUGUUGCUUUAAGACCUUAGGUACAAUAUGGUGAAAUUGUGCACUAUUGUGAAAAGGAGCAAAGCAUAGCUGGGGGAUUUCGUUUAAGAGGUUAAGAUCUUUCUGGACAAGGGUUCAUGCCACGGCUUCUUUGAGAGUUGCCCAUCAUUAUUUGUAGGAGCUUAGAUGUAUAACUGUAACCAAACUCCAGUAUUAAAAGUAUUUCAUGUAAUUUUUCUUUAUUAAAAUAAAAUCUUUGGCAUAUAUUUGAUAGCACUGCCAUUAAGAGGCAAAAUGUUUACUACCUUAGAUUUUAAAAGAAAAUCUUAAACAGAGGACUUGCUUCAAGUUUAUUUUAAUAGCAGUGAUUCAGCUUAUUUAAAAGAUGAAUACUUGCACUAAUUCCCCUGCUGCUCCGGUCCUGCAGUUUAUUGUAUCUUGUGACUACAUUUUUUUCCAAAUAUAGGGUAGAUGUAAGCUGCUAUUUUUUUAAUAAUCACUACUAUAUAGUGUCUUUUACUCUGUUUACAAUAUCAAGUAUUUUUCUUACAAUGACAGAUGUAUAUGGCAAACCUUUUUCUGCUCAUGUGAUUAAAAGUAUACUAAUAGUGAUUUUAUUUGUAAAUGAUAGCAUGAGGUUGUGUUUAUGCGUAUGUGUAGUCAAAAAGGUUGCAUCAUGUCUUGCAUAAGAUUCCAAGAGUGUAAAUUUAUAAAAAGAGAGGUUGUCAAAUUUAUGUCACAGACAUUUUACUUAAGGAAUGGAUUAUAUUAGAGAGCUUUGCAAAGUUAUCGGUUUUAUAACACUAUUUCAAUCACAAUUAAUUUUGUGACUUAUGAUUGUUAGUCUCUAACCUAUUUUUUUAUUCAUUUGGGGUUUUAUUUUCCCCCCUCCAAGUUAAGUAUAAAUUCGUUUAAUUGAGAUAAUGCAGCUUUGACAUUUUAACCAUUGUUCUUUAGGCAUCGUUUUCUGCUAUUUCCAUGAAAUAAACGUGACUUGAAGCAAGUCUGAGUUUGGCUAAGGUAGGGUAGCAAUUUGCCAGUGGUAAAGACAAGUCAACAAUACAUGGUUUAUAUACACCCCAGGAUUUUACUGCUAUCAUACACAGCAUUUAAAACCAACACCAAGUCAUAUCCAUAAAGACAGUUAUCCGUGGUGGUUCUGUGCCAGCUGUUUUUAGGGUUUUGAAACAUAUUGCAAAUGUUUAGAGCAAUUACCCUGUGAGUUACAAUAUGUAGGAAACCUAAUAUAUUGAGUGUCUGGCACUUGAAAUAUUGCUUUUACUGCUGGAGGUCCAUGACUGUGGCUGACCUCUGUCAUUUAAUGAAAAAAAAAAUAAAAAUAAAAAAAAAUUCUGUGCAAUAAUUUUAAACUGUGCUCCCAGGAAUAGACACAAAUGUUUUGAGUAUGUUUAAGCUGCAUUUUUCAUUUAGCAAUGCAUUUGUCAAUUGCACUGAAUUUAAAUCUGAAGGUCAGAAGUGAUUCUUGAUAGUACUUUUGUAUUUUAAUAUGGACAUUUUAUUCAUUUUCAUAAAAGUUAUUGGAUGAUUCUUUCAGCCAAUCUAAACAAUUGUGGUGGAAUUCUGUGACAUAGCUGCAAAAUCACACAGCCAUUUUUUUUGGGUUUUGCCAUUUUCCUCUUUCUCAAUCAUGAGCUGUUUUGGUUGCAAUUCUAGUUGCUGCAGCAUAGCAUGACACGCUCAGAAAUAGAGAAAACAUCAGAGCGUGUCCAGGCCAGGCGUGGGUCCAGCAGGAACACUGUCUCCCUUGGCUUGAGCACAGCCCUGCCCCAGGGAGUGCCCAGUGUCCCCGGGGAGUGCCCCCAGCAGUGCCCAGUGUCCCCAGCAGUGCCCAGUGCCACGGGCCAGGCCAGUGUCCCUGGGUCAGUGUCCCUGGGUCAGUGUCCCUGGGUCAGUGUCCCUGGGUCAGUGUCCCCAGCUGAGGUCUGUCCGGUUGUCCAGCCUCGCAUGCCACAGUGCUGCUCCUGCUCCCGCGCGCCGGGUUCUGCCACCCUGCCAAACGAAAACCAGGCAAAAACAUCACAGGACCAUGAUGGUAAUUACUGUCUUCUACAGCACAAAGGCCUCCUGUUCCAGGGUAUCCAAAUUGCUCCUUUCAGAGGGGAAGCCAAAUGGCAGCAGGGCCCUGACUUUGUGUAGGGUGUACAUGCUCAGUCUUACGGAUGGAGUCAUUCCUGUUUCUAUCAGUUCAGCACCACAACAGGCAAAUACCCAAACAGAGGAUAAAAGGAAGGGGAAAAGCUGGGCGCAGAAUUAAUGAUGAGAUAAGAAUUGAAUGGCUCUUGAGUUCGCUGUCUUUCUGUGCGUCCACCUCAGAAUCCCGUUUCUCAUUUUUGCAUGACCAGAUCCAGGUUUCUGUAGAGUUCGUCUUUUUCUAUUUUUGCUUUACCUUUUUCUGCAUUUUUAAAUUGUUGUAAAGAUUCCCAACCAGUGGACUUUUUAGUGUAGUUAAGAGAAUAUCUAGGUCUUCAUAAAAGCUUUUUUAGACUCUUUGUAAUGUUGAUAAACUGAGUUUAUUCUGGGACUACCAUUGUGCAGGGUUAUUUAGCAUGUCUACUAGAUGAUUGGAAAUCUUAUAUGAAACACUAAAAGUGCCUCUUUUUCUGGGUUGGGUGGAGGGGAGGUAGUAGUUACCAGAGUCAGAACGACAUGGCAUUUCGAAGCAUGUUUCUUGAUUUUGUGACACUUUAAUGCAUCUUGAGAGAAAGGCCAAAGAUUUCUACCAAUUUUGAUUGAUUUUUCAUUUUAAAAAGCACUCCUUUUUCCUUACACUGCUUACCUCAUGCUAGGGCGUCUGACAGGGUGUUGUACCUUGGGAAUGUCCUUUUUUAGGGACAGCAGUGGGUGGCACAGGGCAGCCGUGCCAGUUUGUUUAAUUCUGACAUUUAAUUCUGCUGCAGGGAGGAGAUCCAUUACCACUGCAGACUGGGGGGCUUCAGCCUGUAAAUUGUCUGGUUUUGUCUGUUUAGCAAAGAGGGGAGCCUUGGGACCCAGUUUUUUCAAACUUUACUUCACCAGAAAUCCCACUGUUUGUCACUUCACCCUUGCCAGGGCGAGUGCUGGAGGUGCCAGGGCCAUGCAGAACCCCAGGGUGGAUAAAAUGAUCCUCAUCCCCAUGAACCCCAGGGUGGAUAAAAUGAUCCUCAUCCCCAUGAACCCCAGGGUGGAUAAAAUGAUCCUCAUCCCCUCCAGUGUCUAUGGGAUUUUGUCAGAGCAGGGCCUGCCUGAUUUAUCCCAGUUCCUUUCUGGCUCCCUUCCCAAAGCCCUGUAGAGCCAUUCCCGGGUGGGAUCGCUUCCACCUUCUCCAGACGCCUGAAGAAAGCAGAAGCAACAUUGUGGCAUGUUAGAAGCAAAUACAGCUUCGGGAGACAGCAGUAAAUCUCCAUCAAGAUCCCUGACAUUUUCUGCAGGGAGAGAGACAUGGAGCAGUCCUCACUUCUCCCUCUAGAGAAAGCUCUGAAAUACCAGGAGCUGUGAAAGUGUGACUGUCUUCACUGUCAGUCUGGUGGGAGGCAGACAAACCAGGAAAAUCUGCCCUUUCGAGUGGAUUGCAGAUUUAGUGUUAAUAGUGCUUCAGAUCAGUAGUUUUGAGUACAUAAUUCGCUUUCUCUGCCUUUAAGUUUGAAGCUUGACAAUAACUUGAGGCAUGUUUUUGUUUUUGUUGUUUUUUUUUUAUUUUUGAAUAAUCAUUCAUUUUUACUUCAUAAUGUUUUUUGACACUUGUGGGUAAAUACAAGAAAACAGUCUGCAUGUUGUUGCUAGUCCAGUGUACUUUGCAAUCUUGUCCUCAACAGACUGCAGUGUGCAGAACAGUAAUUCUAGAAUACAGAAGUAAUUUUCUCUCUCUCCUGACAUUGACAUUGUAGUUGUAAUGGUUUCAUUUGGAGUUACAAAUCCUUUGGGUCUAAUUCUGUGAGCCUACCUAUAGCACUGGAUUAAAAUGUCUGCAUCAUUUCUUCAGUUAUCCAGUUAAACUACAACUGUUGUAAAAGUGUAAACCAGCCCAUGACAGUUUUUUGUACUUGUUUAAAGGACUUUUAUUGUUCAGUUUUCAUGAUUAUUGUCUAAAGAAGACUGAUAUAGAUGUUCUAUACUGUCCUGGACCAUGUUAAUUACACUUUAUGAUGUAUUUUGGUUCUACAUCACAAUGAUUUGUCCCCAAGGCCCUUAUAUCCCUUCUAGGCACAUUUUCUGUUGCAGUUUCCCUUUGCAUUGUAUUGCUUUGACAACUGUAAUUUGAAUCAGAUCUGAAAGAGGUCCAGAAUAAAAUAUAUUUUGAUAUUA